AUGGGACCAAUGACAGACCCUUGGAGAUCUCCAGUAGAUAAGGUAAAGCUAGAAGAAGAGUGGGAACCAAAUACAAUACCAUCCGAGGAAGACAUAUUUAAAAGAUUGCAAAUAUUAAAAGGGGUUAAAAAUUCAAUUGGAAAAAAGCACAUUCAACCUAGCAGGGUAACUGCUGAUCAAGUGGAAAAUUUGUUGCAUGAGGUUUCUGAAGAAUUGGCUAUUGGACAACACUGGUCUCAAUUAAAUAAUCUCAUGAAAGACGAACCAAGAAAUUCCGACGAUCUUAUUAAAAGCACACGACUUCAAAUGUCAAAAGAGAGAUUUAAAAAAGAAAUAGAUGAGAAAAAGGAUUUAGAAAUUAUUAAUAGACUCGAAGAGUUGAAAAAAUUUAAUUCAGGAAAUAUGAGCUUCAACUUGACUUAG